GUAUCUAUAUUUAAGGCUUAUUUAGUUGAACUUUUUCUCUAGCUUCUCGUCGAAACGUCAAUCGUUGAAGUCAUGAAUGCGAUAAAGAAAAGGCUGCAAACGCUGAAAAUCGAGAAGGACCUGGCGAUGGACAGGGCGGAUGCAUGUGAUCAACAAGCAAAAGAGGCGAAUCGACGAGAAGAGAAGCUAAGGGAUGAGGUCCGGGAAUUGGCAAAGAAACUAGUACAGAUGGAACGCGACUUGGAACUGAGCAAAGCUCAGUUGGAGAAGUCGAACAGAGACUUAGAGCAAAAGGAAAGAGCUUACAUCGUGACGCAGUUUGAGUUGGCAGUUUUGAACAGAAAGAUGCAGCAAUGCUUGCAGAACUUGGAAAAAUCCGAAGAACGUCGUCUCACGGCGCAAGCUAAAUUAACACAAGCGAUGGAAACCGCGGAGGACGCGAAACGUAUCUGCAAAGUUUUGGAGAACAGAAGCAAGCAAGACGAAGAGAGAAUGGAUCAACUGAUGGCACAGCUAAAAGAGGCUAGACUGAUUGCUGAAGAUGCUGAUACAAAAUCGGACGAGAUCUCGAGAAAAUUAGCUUUUGUGGAAGAUGAAUUAGAAGCAGCCGAAGAAAGAGUAAAAUCAAGUGAAGCAAAGAUAACGGAACGAGAAGAUGAAUUGUUCAUCGUUGGUAAUAUAUUAAAAUCUUUAGAAGUAUCCGAAGAAAAGGCCAAUCAAAGGGUAGAGGAAUUUAAAACCCAGUUGAAAGAUUUGAAAAUAAAACUGAAGGCUGCUGAGAAAAGAGCCAUUAUCGCUGAAAAAAUGGUUAAAAUAUUUUCGAAAGAAUUGGAUGCAAGAGAAGAUUUCCUGUUCAGAGAAAAAGAGAAAUAUAAAUAUAUCUGUGACGACAUGGACUCCACAUUUGCUGAACUCACCGGAUAUUAG